AUGGAUAAGGUAUUGAGAUUGGUCUCAGAGAAUGGGGUAGUGAUUUUCAGCAAGAGUACAUGUUGCUUGUGCUAUGCUGUCACUAUUCUAUUUCAAGACCUCGGGGUUCAUCCUUUGGUUCAUGAAAUGGAUCAAGACCCCGAGGGAAGGGAAAUGGAGAAGGCUCUCGUGAAGAUGGGUUGCAAUGCACCUGUGCCUACGGUUUUCAUAAGCGGAAACCUUGUCGGAUCCACCAACGAAGUUAUGUCUCUCCACCUAGGUGGCUCCUUGAUUCCAAUGCUCAAGCCAUAUCUGGCUCAAUCAACUUAA